CUCGCGCCCUGCGACCGGCGUGCCACGCGGCUUUGUCGCGCAGUACCCGUCCCACAAUGCCUCACAGUCCCGCCCCAAUCGGAGGAGACCCCCCGCGGUGACGGCGCGACCCCGGCCCGCGCGCCGCCUGCUAGUCCGUGGGGAUAGCCGCCAUGCGGAGGGGCGAGCGUAGGGCCGCUGGAAGCCUGCGGCCCGGGUCUCCGCGGCCCGAGGGCCGCCGCAGUACCGAGUCCGAGGUCUACGACGACGGCACCAACACCUUCUUCUGGCGAGCCCACACCUUAACUGUGCUAUUCAUCCUCACCUGUGCAUUGGGCUAUGUGACUCUCCUGGAAGAAACACCUCAGAACACAGCUUAUAACACGAAGAGGAGCACAAAGGACCAUCUGUUCUGCUAUAAUUCUAAGGGUUAUGACCUAGAACCUGCUCUUGGCUCCUCCUGGGAUAUACUGGUCACCCCAGCUCACACUGCACUGUCCGCAGCACCGCUGCCUCUUCCAGUGAGGUCACCUUGGAUGCAUCUGUCCUGGCUCCAUUCUCAUCAUCUGCUCUGGACCCCCAGGCUUCACACUGGAAGCCUAUGGCAACCAUCGGUCUCCUGCCAAGGUGCUCAGAACACCUGGAGGUUUCCUGUAGAGAAAAAUACUUAUUUUGUCAUGCUGAGGAUCAAACCCAAGCUCUCAUACAUGCCAGGAAAGUGCUCUACACUGAGAGGUAUUGUGGCCAGUAUUUUGGUUUUCUUAUGUUUUGGAGUCACACAAGCCAAAGAUGGGCCAUUUUCCAGACCUCAUCCAGCUUACUGGCGAUUUUGGCUCUGCGUUAGUGUGGUCUACGAGCUGUUUCUCAUCUUUAUCCUCUUCCAGACAGUGCGUGAUGGCCGACAAUUUCUAAAGUAUGUGGAUGCCAGGCUUGGGGUCCCGCUGCCUGAGAGGGACUAUGGGGGAAACUGCCUCAUCUACGAUCCUGACAAGACUGACCCCUUCCACAACGUCUGGGACAAGUUGGAUGGCUUUGUUCCUGCACACUUCAUUGGCUGGUACCUGAAGACACUCAUGAUCCGGGACUGGUGGAUGUGCAUGAUCAUCAGUGUGAUGUUCGAGUUCCUGGAGUACAGCCUGGAGCACCAGCUGCCGAACUUCAGCGAGUGCUGGUGGGACCAUUGGAUCAUGGAUGUGCUGGUCUGCAACGGGCUAGGCAUCUACUGCGGCAUGAAAACACUGGAGUGGCUGUCCCUGAAGACAUACAAGUGGCAGGGCCUCUGGAACAUCCCCACCUACAAGGGCAAGAUGAAGCGCAUAGCCUUCCAGUUCACACCCUACAGCUGGGUCCGCUUCGAGUGGAAGCCAGCCUCUAGCCUUCGCCGCUGGCUGGCCGUGUGCGGCAUCAUCUUGGUGUUCCUGCUGGCAGAGCUGAACACCUUCUACUUGAAGUUCGUGCUAUGGUUGCCUCCGGAGCACUACCUGGUCCUGCUGCGGCUGGUCUUCUUUGUGAAUGUGGGCGGCGUGGCCAUGCGUGAGAUUUAUGACUUCAUGGAUGAUUUGAAGCCCCACAAGAAGCUGGGCCAGCAGGCCUGGCUAGUGGCGGCCAUCACAGUCACCGAGCUCCUCAUUGUGGUGAAGUACGACCCACAUACACUCACCCUGUCCCUGCCCUUCUACAUCUCUCAGUGCUGGACACUUGGCUCCGUCCUGGUGCUCACCUGGACCAUCUGGCGCUUUUUCCUGCGGGACAUCACCUUGAGGUACAAGGAGACACGAAGGCAGAAGCAGCAGAAUGAUCAGGGCAGGGCAGUCAGCAGCAAGGAUGAACACCCAGGGCUGGAUGAUGAUCUGCUGGGACCCUGGCCUCCCAAGAAGGAGGACGUCACUGAGGAGGGCAUGGCAGCUGCCUCAUGAGACUCAGUCUUCCUGCAGGCCUUGCUCCUGGGGCUCUUCCCCCUCCUUCCACACUCUGUGUACCUGUCCACCCCAGUGCACAGACAUGUGCACAACCAAGCUUGUGCACAUGUGCGUGUACUCAUGGGGCCACUCUAGGAUCAACAGCUGGUGGCGGCAGCUGGGCCUUGCCCUGGAGCAGGGUCCUGUCCUUCCUCUGCCUGCCUAGCCAGGGCCUCUGCCCACAGACUGUCCAGUGCCUAGUCUCAACGAGCCUGGAAGGAAUAGUCUGUUCCCUUUCUCCAGGUGGCCCUGCAAGACCUGACAUGCCCACCAUUGGCACAAGGACAGGACCCACGCUGUGCAGCACCGGGCCACUUCCCACAGGGUCUCUGCUAACCAGAUUUUCCUGGGUAGAACAGGAGGGGUGAAGGCUGCCAACCAGACCCCAUGAACAUGCAUACCAUGCACAGAUUCCCAGACCAGGGCUAUAGUCUGGUCACCAGGGUUGUGUUGUUCCAUAGCUCAAGUUUAGGGUGUCUCCUCAAGCAGACAGAACAAGUGAUGAUGAAGGUCCACGCCUCCAGUACUCCUACCCUGCAGACCUUACUGAUACAGGAAGCUGCAUAGGAUGCUGCUCUUCUGCAGCUACCAGGAGAGAGGAGCAGGCCCAGCCGCUGCUGGGGUGGGGCCAACAGAGCCUCCCACAGCACCACCAUGCCCAAUUUUGCCUUUUGCAGGGGACAGGGCCUGUGACUGCUAGGGAGUGGCCAGAGAACAGGAGCAGGGAGUACUGGGAAGGGGCAGCUGUCUUCUCACUUGUUUGUUUUUUCCCCAGGUGGUAAAGUAAAAACUUUAAAGAUUUUUCAUUUUUGUGGUUCUGGGGAUCAAACCCAGGAAGUUUUCAGACACAAAUGAGAGGAAAGUGCUAUGAUUCCAAGUCCCCCCACCUUGGUGAGGGUGAGGCCCCCACUAUGGACACAGAAACCUUCUCUGAGAGGGACAGAACCCAAGGCUGGGCACCAGCUACACCUUCUCAGCCUGCAGGGUCCAGGCUUCAGAAGCUCUUAGUGUGUACUUGCUGAGGACUGCAUCCAAGGCCUUGUGCAGCCAGGCAAGUCUUCCACUACUGAGCUGUACUCCAAGACUUCUACUACUUCCCUGUACCUGUUUUGAGAUGAGCAUGGAGUAUGUGAGGCCUCCACCCUGGAGACAGGGACAUGAUGAGCCUACUCAGUACCCCUGGAUUAGGUUGCAUUGUCCCUGCCCAGCUGCACAUUCUGUUCAGAGCUGUCACCAUCUUCCACGCCCCCAUAAUGCUUUUCCCCACAGGGACUGCUGCUUAUCCUGGGGCCCUGGGUCACCUGUUUCUGUAGAGCACCCUGAUUCUUCCAAGCAGAGGGCUCACACAUGUAAGCAGAGAUCCUGGGGCCCUUUCAAGGGCUUUAUCUUAGACUGUGUAUGUCCCUUCUCCACCUUGUGGUCCACCUCAGCCAGUGGCGGGAUGAGGCCCUCUGGACAUAAGGGAGCCCUCUACCAUCCUAGACUGACUGGGCACUAGGCUCUGGGCAGCCAAGGGCUUAGGGCUUAAAGUUCAGAGGCCCAAGGCUCAGAAGCCGCCAAACACAGGGGAAACUCUCCUUGGACACUAUCUUGCAGGACACCACCAUGUACAGGGACACAACUGGCAGCAGAGCCAAGGAGAAUCCCCAAACAAGGGUGGGCUUGGGCUACAAUCCUGAAAGUCAUCAUCCUAGUGUUGAACUCAGAAAUGAUUCAAAUUCCCAAAAUACAAUUCCAGAAAAAAUUAUUUUUAAAAAGGGCUGGGGAUAUGGCUCAGUGGUUAGAGUUCUUGCCUUGCAUACACAAGACCAUGGGUUUGGUCCCCAGCAACCACAAAAAAACAACUUCUUUAAAGCCAAGCAUGAUGGCACACACUUAUAAUCCCAACACUGAGGAGUUGAGGCAGGAGUAUUGCCCUGAAAUCAAGCCCAUCCUGAAUUAGAUAGUAAAACUGUCUCAAAAGACAAAGUAAAAAAAAAAAAAAAAAAAUAGGCAGACUUUCUGAAUAUAAACACUAAGGUAUACUAACAUGGAUGUAACAUUACAGAGCAGAAAAACUAAUCAAGAAGCAAAAAUGGUAUAGUCAUGCAGCUGGAAUCCCAGUUACUAGGUAGACUGAAAGUUUGAGCCUAGCCUGGGCAGUUUAACAAGACUGUUUCAAAAUAAAAAUUUUGGGGAUAGACCUCAAGGCUAGAGCACUUCCCUGGCACAUGUGAGGCCCAGGAUUCCAUCCCCACUUUGUUUAAAAAAAAAAAACUACUACUGCACAAACAGUUGCCUAAAGAACCAAAAUCUUAGGAAAUUUCAUCUUUAACAAAUGCAGCUGGAGAUAUAACUCAGUGGCACAAGCACCUGCCUGGCAAGCACAAGGUUAUGAGUUUGAUCCCCAGUGCAAAAAAAAUGCAGAUCUACACUAAGAACAUCUCUGUGUCUCCAUCCCUUCAUGUACUAGGAUAACUUUUUUUUUUCAAGACAAGAUCUCACUGUAGUUCAAACUAGUCUUAUACUUUGUAGCCCAACCUGGCCUCAAAAUAACAGCAAUUCACCUGCCUUAUCCAGAAUUCUGGAAUUACAGGCACGUGCUGCUGUGUUAGAAUUAACUUUUUUUUUUUUUUUUUUUUUUUUUUUUUUGUCUUUUUCCUUUUUAUUGGUACCAGGGAUCGAACUCACAACUGCCUGCUUGCAAGGCAGGCACUUAUGCCACUGAGCUAAAUCCCCAGCCCCAAAUUAACAUUUUCUUAAUCAGGAUUGUGAUAAACUGGAUGUGGUGAUGCAUGCUUAUAAUCCCAGCACUUGGGAGGCUGAGGCAGAAGGACCAUUGCAAGUUCAAAACCAGCCUGGGCUACAAAGUGAGCUCAGACCAGACCCUGUCUUAAAAAGGAAAGGAAAAAUAAGUCAAACUUGCCAAAAAUGCAUUAACCAAAUUAGAACUCUAAAGUCUACAUGGUUUAUACCUCCACUGUUGUAAAUUAUACAAAGAUGAAAUGCAUAUCACAGUACCAUGUGAGCACCAUGCUGGUGAUUUCAUGGGGAAAAACUUAAGUUCAACAUUGAAGAAAAUGCAUUCCCAGGAUGGACCAUGGGUGGAGCAGAGGGGUCCGUGGGGGCUGCCAACCCAGUCCUUGGCUUCAGGUGAAGGCCUGUUGACAAAGAGUUGUUUUUCUUUAGGGUGUGGCUGUCUUUUAGGAGAUGUUCACCCCCAUUUUCUACCUAGUGCUACUCUUUGAAAUCACUCGCCACUCCGAUGUACACCAGCUUAGCUUUGCCCUCUAGAAUUUCCUGUCCUCUGAGUCACACUCUCGUCAUCCCAUGUGUGCUCAGUACAGGCACAUUUGGCAGGAAGAGCGGAGCAGUGGCGCAGUAGCACUGCUCCUCCCGAGCAGUGGUCUUUUUUGAACCAGUAAUUUCACUGUCUUCUUUGGGCAAAUGCACAUUUGGUUCAUUAAGAGCUAGAACUGUGUCCAUGAGGAGGGUUGCCAAUAUAGAUAAAUGACCUGAAUUCAAAAAUUAUUUUUAAGGAGGCUCAGCAGCAUAAGCACCUGCCCAGCAUGCACAAAGUUGUUAGCUUAAGUGCCAGUACCAAAAAAAGCAGCUGAAAAGUUUUUGACAGAAAUUGUACAUAUUUAUGGUAAUCAUAUACUAUUUUGACACAUAUUCAUACAUAAUACUCCAAUCAGGACAGGCUCAGCUAUUUUUCCAUUUGUUUGUGGCAAGAGCAUUCACCUUUCCUUUCCCUAUGGCUUGGCAUGUAAGUACACUGUCAUCUGUAUUUCCCUUUGUGCCCUAUGCAUCUGUUCCCUGGGAACCACCAUUCUCCUCCCGGCCGCUGAGAACAACUGUUCUAGGUUCUAAGAGUAAGAUCAGGUAGUGCCCAGUUUACUCCACGGUGAUGUCUAGGUCUGUGAAGGAUUUCACUUGUGACCAAGUAAUGUUCCUGUGUGUAUUUACCACUUCCAUUUCCAUUUGUUGGUUGAUAGCUUGUUUCCAGUUCUUGGGUAUAAACACUUACAGUUCUCCCUUUAACAUACUGAUUUCGGGGAUUUGGCUCAGUUGCCUAAGUGCCUCCCUGACAAGUUUGUGGUCAUGAGUUAGAUCCUCAGUAUCAAAAAAAAAACCAAACAUACUGAUUUCAUUUCCCUUGGAUAUAUACCCAGCAUGGAAUUGCAGAGAGUUCUAUGGUAGAUGUACUUAUACUUUCCUGAGGAAUAGCUAUCAUACUGCUUUCCAAAAGGCCUGCACUAAUUUACAUUUCCACCAAUACUGUAUAUGGAGUCCCUUUUCUCCUCAGCCUGGCCCACACUUGUUACCUUUUGUCUUUUAGACAGUGGUCAUUCUUACUGUAGUGAGGUAACACCUGUUGUAAGCUGUGAUAACAGUACAGCAGUGACACUGAACACAGUUGCAUACGCCUGUUGACCAUUUGUAAGUCUUAUGUUUUUGCUGUUGAGCUCUUUUGAGUCCUGUCAGUAUUGAUUAUAAUCCUGUCAGGUGCAUAGUUUGCAAGUAUUCCCCUACCCCAUAGUUGUAUCUUCACUCUGAUUGUUUUCCUUCCUGUACAUCUUUUUAGUUUGGUAUAAUUCUGAAUGUCUGUUUCUGCCCUUGUUUCCUGUGCUUUGGGGGUCAUAUCUGUUAGAUCCUCCAUCUAAGAGACAGCACAAUCAUGGCAGUAGUUCAAAACUGUGCUCUAAUAAUGCACACCUUCUUCUUCCCAGAAGCCCUAUGGUUUCUCCCUCCCAAAGUCUGCCAAAGCUCAAGCAUGUGAGGAUUUACCCAAUCCCCUGCACUUGCAAAAUAAAUCAGCUCACAUAAGUCCCCAGAGCCCUUCCCCUAUCAGAGCCUACAUCAGGCAAAACCUGCCCUUUCUCUGCAGAGCCGCCACAGCCUUUUCUGUGGUGACUCCCUCCAUUCCCCCACUCUGUUUUCUUAUCUACUUGCCCCCUCUUUUUUAAUAUUCUGUGCUGCUCCUAGAUUGAAUACAAAUUACUCAAUAUCCAAAAAACUCUUUGCCCCUUCCAGUUGUUGGGGGCCACAAAUUAGUCUAGGGGACAUCCAAGCUUGUCUUGUCCAGCCCUUUGAGCAAGACUAGAAUGGGGAGACUCCCUGGUCUUUUCUGGUCACAGCUGGAAGCCCUUGGGUUAAUGACUGCUGUGUUGCUCACAGGACAGAUAAACCUGCUGGAGAUAAUGAGGCACCUUCUGUCUUGUCCUCACAAAAAUGCUUUGUUCUUCCUAGCCCACUAUAGUCUGCCAUUACUGUACCUGGAAACACCCACUGCCCUUCACCCAUUGUCCUUGACGCAGAUGUAAUGAACAAAUACUAAGGUUCUGGGUGCCCUGUGGCCUUUUGUUCCCAGAGAGCAACCAACCCCAGAUCCCUGCUACACCCAUUUUUGUCUCUUGCUCUUCCUUUGUUUCCCAGUGUGGGUCAUAACUUCAGACAGGGGACUGAGGAGCCACUGAAGUAGCCCCCAAUAACUGGCACCAGGGAAAGUAUCUCCAAUAUCCAAUGUCUUUAAGCUUUCUUCCAAUAAUCCAUGACUUUAGGUCUAAAAGUCAGGCCUUUGAUAUACUCUGAGUUGAUGUUUCUAACCAGUGAGAAAAGGGAUCUACUUUUAUUCGUCUGCUUGUGGUGAUUGGAUAACAUUUUCAAACUUGGUAGUUGCCCUGUCACAAGGCCAGAAUUACUAGAUGGAGUCAAACCUCUAUGCUAGCUUAUGUCAUCCUCUUUUUUAAAGUUAUAAUAAAAAAACUUACGGCUAAA